UUGUGUGAAAAUUGCUACAAAACAAUUAAUAAAUACUUUUAGAAUUUAUGUGUUAACAAUGGCUUUCUUUUAAAUGGGCUAUUGCAAUAUAACUUUUCAUACAUGUAAUAAUCAGGCAAUAUUUAAUCGCAGCUAAAUGGUGCCGUAAAUAAUUUUACACCUCCCCUCUGCAUUCACAAUAAUAUUAGCCUCACACAAUUCGGUGUACACAAUAAACGAGGGGGCAGGCAAUAGGGGAAAUAGCUGAUAAGGCCAAGACACUAAGAGGGGCGUUAAGGAAUACAUACGAUAACAGAAUAACAAUAAAAAGCUGAGCUCUAUUUGUAAAGUGUAAAAAUUUAAUACCUACAAACACAAUUUGGAAGGAAACUUUAAUAUUCUGGGACGACUGAAGUCAUAAAUUACCAUUCUUGUGGCUGCACAUUUGAAAUAAUACCUAUUUUAAAAACAUUUCUUCGCUCAUUGAUUGGACUUCGGCGAUAGUAGAAUAAUUACUUGUGAGUAAACGUUUGCAUUGUUUUUGCAAUGAACGCUGCAGUUGAUCCAUGGGUAAUAACCCAAAGAGAAAAGCUCAAGUAUCAGGAGCAAUUCAAGGCACUACAACCGCAAGGAGGCUUUGUUACUGGCGCACAAGCGAAAGGCUUCUUUUUACAAUCACAAUUGCCUCCGCUUAUCCUUGGACAAAUAUGGGCUCUCGCCGACACAGAUUCCGAUGGAAAAAUGAAUAUCAAUGAGUUUAGUAUUGCAUGCAAAUUAAUUAAUUUGAAGCUACGUGGAAUGGAUAUACCGAAAGUUUUACCACCCACAUUACUUGCUUCAUUAUCCACAGUGGGAAGUACGCCAACAAUGACGCCCACCGCGACCGCAAGUAUGAGUCCUCUAGAUCCGUUGAAAUCAAUGUCGGCAAGUGUACCUGUAGUAGCACCCACUGUACCGAUAUCAGGAGCAACAUUGCCUGGCGCUGUACCCGCUGUACCUGGUAUUGUUCCGGGUACAUUACCAGGUGUGUUACCACAAACUAUACCAUCUGCAAUGACUACCGGUGUUGUCCCCGGUAUUCCACCAACAGGAUUAUCAAUGCAGAUGCCAAUUAAUGCUGCCGGCUCGGCCGCAAUGGUUCUACCUGGUAAUGCAAUACCAGCUGGAGUGAUGCCAGUCAGUGCUUCGGUUCUACCAGGUGUUAGCACGGCUGGAAUAAUGUCAGCAGGCAUUGUUCCUCCAGUGGCAGGUGGAGUUCCAGUUCCUGGAAUGGUUCCAAUAUCAGUAGCGGCAAGCGGUGGUGUGGUUCAACCAGCUAUGGUACCUGUGUUACCACCUGGAAAAAUUGUUUCACCACCCAACAGUAGUGAGGUACCCAAAUUGCCAGCCACACCAACUCCACCACAAAGCAACCCACCCAGUCGACAUAUGUCAAUAUCAGAGCGUGCGCCUUCUAUCGAAUCACCGCAAAGUGAGUGGGCCAUCAAGGGUCCAGCUAAGCGUAAGUACACACAAGUCUUCAACGCAACUGAUCGUACGCGUUCCGGCUAUUUGACCGGCGCACAGGCCCGCAGUAUACUCGUACAAAGCAAAUUGCCACAAGCUACACUCGCGCAGAUUUGGACACUCUCCGACUUGGACUCCGAUGGUAGACUAAGUUGUGACGAAUUCAUUUUGGCUAUGUUCCUUUGUGAUAAAGCCAUGAAUGGGGAAAAAGUACCCGUUACAUUGCCACUGGAUUGGAUUCCGCCCAGUUUUCGGAAAACCAAAUCACGUCAAGGCUCCAUUUCAGGACCAGGUUCACGCGCUGGAUCCACAACAGCAUCUCGUCAUGCAUCAGUGUCAUCUCAAGGAGCCGUUGAUGCAGAUCCGGCUGCAGGCUUACCUCAAACAACGUUUGAAGACAAACGCAAGGAGAACUUUGACAAAGGCCAAGCAGAAUUGGAUCGAAGACGUAAAUUACUACAGGAUCAGCAGCGUAAAGAGAAGGAAGAGCGCGAGCGCAAGGAACGCGAGGAGGCGGAAAAACGUGAAAAAGCACGCCUGGAAGCCGAGCGGAAGCAACAAGAGGAAUUAGAACGACAAUUGCAAAAGCAACGCGAAUUAGAAAUGGAAAAGGAAGAACAACGAAAACGCGAACUUGAAGCCAAAGAAGCGGCCAGAAAGGAGUUAGAAAAGCAAAGACAAAUGGAAUGGGAACAGUCACGCAUAGCAGAGAUGAACGCUCAAAAGCAACGUGAACAAGAACGUGUUUUGAAACAGAAAGCGCACAAUACACAACUCAAUGUUGAGCUAAGCACACUAAAUGAGAAGAUUAAAGAUUUGUCUCAGAAGAUUUGCGACACACGCGCAGGUGUGACCAACGUCAAAACCAUAAUCGAUGGCAUGCGCUCUCAGCGAGACACCUCAAUGACCGAUAUGUCGCAACUGAAAGCGCGCAUAAAAGAACAAAACGCAAAGUUGCUACAGCUUACACAGGAGCGCGCUAAAUGGGAUGCAAAGAGUAAGAGUAUAGCUUUGAUUGGAGCAACCGACACAGCACAACAAGAGCAAUUAAAUGCUGCUUUUGCCAACAAACAGCUACUCAUCAAGCAAUUGAAAGACAAAGUGGAGAAUAUACGCAAAGAAAUUGAGUCCAAAAAGGAAGACAUCAAUUCUAACGAUAUACAAGUGGCUGAGGUGAAAGGCGAGCUAUCGACAUUAAUUUCUAAAUGCGAAGAAUUAUAUGCUGAUUACGACACGCAACGCACGCAAGUGCUUGAAUUAAAGUAUAACAAGAAGAAUGAUAAUGUUACGGCUACAACCGCCUGGGACACGGGAUCAACUGCUUGGGGUACCAGCGUCGAUCAGUAUGCACUUACAAAUGACACUGCUGCCACAGAGACAACUACAAAUGCGGACGCACCGGUAGAUACCACAGGGCCCGCGCCUGAAGGUUUUGUGAAAUAUCGCGCGAUUUAUGAGUUUACCGCACGCAAUCAGGAUGAAAUUACUUUCGUGCCAGGCGAUAUAAUACUAGUGCCGUUGGAACAAAAUGCCGAACCCGGCUGGUUGGCUGGUGAGAUAAACGGACACACUGGUUGGUUCCCAGAGACGUACGUGGAAAAAUUAGAAGAUGAAUAUGCAACUGCCACAACGACUCCAGCUAUUACAGCCGAAACCGACACAAGCGAACAGAUUAGUGGUUUUGCAGCACAAGACGCCUUCAACGACAACAGCCAAAGUCUGGGCGCAGAUGCACACAACGGUGAGGUGGAAUAUUACAUUGCGGCAUAUCCAUAUGCGUCCACUGAAGUGGGCGAUUUGAGUUUUAAUGCCGGUGAAAUGGUAAUGGUUAUUAAGAAAGAGGGCGAUUGGUGGACAGGCACAAUUGGCACACGUACUGGCAUGUUCCCGUCAAACUAUGUGCAAAAAGCGGACGUUGGCACGGCGUCGAUAGAUACAGCGCUGGACAUAGCCGGUGCCUUUGACGACCAAAAGGAAAAUGGCAACGCCGAUACGAACGCUAGCGUCGCCAUAGCAGCAGCCACGACACCACAUGAUCAAUUUCCAAGCAAUGAUACCACUACAACAGCAAUAACAACUGCAACAGCAACACAACAACAACAGAAAUUUAAUAGCGGCAUUAGUGCAGAUAACGUAAUUGACCAUUCAGCAGCGGCUGCAGCUGCCGAAGAGACGCGUACAAAUGAAGACUUGGACACAGAAGUCUCACAGAUCAAUACACAAUCAAAGAGUCAGAAUGAAACAGCGGAAUCGUUUAGUCGCCCAAUGUCACGCACCUCUUCCAUGACGCCUGGUAUGCGCGCAAAACGCUCUGAAAUUGCACAAGUUAUUGCACCAUACGAGGCUACCAGUCCUGAACAACUUUCGUUGACCCGUGGACAAUUAAUUAUGAUACGUAAGAAGACCGAUUCUGGUUGGUGGGAGGGCGAACUGCAGGCGAAAGGUCGACGUCGCCAAAUCGGCUGGUUCCCGGCCACGUAUGUGAAAGUUUUGCAAGGUGGACGUAAUAGUGGUCGCAAUACGCCGGUUUCAGGUAGUCGUAUCGAGAUGACAGAGCAAAUUCUAGACAAAGUCAUUGCAUUGUACCCAUACAAGGCACAAAACGACGAUGAACUUUCGUUCGAGAAGGACGAUAUUAUCAGCGUCUUGGGGCGCGAUGAACCGGAAUGGUGGCGUGGCGAACUAAAUGGCUUAUCGGGUCUAUUUCCUAGCAAUUAUGUUGGGCCAUUUGUAACCUCCGGUAAGAAGGCGAAGAAUGUUAAAUAAUGCAGCCUUUUUAGUUAAUUUGCCACACUCAUGUAAAAUUAUAUAUUUAUUUAUUUAUUAUGGGUUUAAUUAAUUAAUUUAAAAUAUUAAGUUGAAUACUCUCAAAGUAGCAUAAGUUAUUUAUUGUUUCUCUUUAUCGCUCUCUUCUACAUAGCAUUUGUACAAAGUUAAGACGAAAAUGUAGUAAAAGCAAAAACACAUUGCUACUACUUUUCCGCUCUUAUCUGCCUAUGUUGGCAUUAAUUAAGUACAAUUGCUUAGCAGUCUAUGUGUCAGACUGUUGUUUAUUCACAUUAAUCAGUUAUAUUAUUAUUUUCAUUGUAAAAUGACUCGUACAUUCCAAAUAUUUUCGCAUUGUAAACAAAAUUAUAACGCCACAACGGGUCAAUUAAUGCUUAGGCUUAAUUUUAUAGACUUUUUCUAUUUUGUAUCUAUGUAAGUGAUAUCUUGAAAGAAGUUCUUUUGGUUUUCUUUUCGAAUGCUCGUCAUUUCAUGAUACGUUUUUUUUUUUUUUGCUGUUCUCUUAUUUAGCGUGUACAUGGUUGAGCAUAAUUUUUGUUUUUGUAUCAUGAAUACUGUACAAGUGAUUACACUUUGAGUGCUUUGUGUACGCGCUAAGCGUUGUAAAUUAUUUUCAAUUAUGCAAUGAUAUAUAAUAGUUUAAAAUCUUAUAAUCUUAUAUAAUUGUGUUAUAAUACUUUGGUUUUUGUUAUUGUUUUCUUUUGAAACAACGUUUAUAUUUUAUAUUUAAUAAAAAAAAAAAUCCAAAAAA